GCAGCAGCAGGAACACCAACGUACAAAAUGUAAACAGUCCCGGGAAACUCCAACUGGAACAACUUUAUCAGACGCAAUAGUUGAUUAAAAGUGAGCACUAUUGUAGAAUGAGACAUGGCAGACAUUCUAAGCCUCGUGUUUAGGACUUUCACUUCUCCAGCGGGUCUGAAGAAGCAGCUGCCGGUCCGUCCUCCGCCUCCAGCCGCCGGCAGCAGCCUCCUGCUCGGAGACCCGGACCUGAGUCGCUCCAUGCUGCUGCUGGCGGCCGUCACAGCCGCCUCGGAGCUGGGCAUGAGAGUGGUGUUCUUCACCCAGACUCAGAUCCAGAGCCUCCCGGUGUCCCUGCAGAGAUGUGUUCCCAACCUGAGCCCGGAGAGCCUGAAGAAAAUCAAGUUCUCCUACCCCCGGACACUGGAGGAGCUCCUCCUGCAGGUGGCCAGUCUUCAUGAGUCCACCAACACGUGUCCCACACCUCCCUCCCUCAUCAUCGUGGACAGACUGGAGGGCUUCCUGUGUGGCGCUGGAGGCAGCAACCACAGUGGAUCUCACCCAGCACAGCUGUCCUGCGCUGCACAUCUGUCUGCGCUGCUGUGCGACACCGCUGCCUUUCUUACACAAGUCCUGGAGCAGCGGGGGUCAAACUCGGGCCCCUGUCGCUUCAUCGUCUCCUUUCUGUCAGAAGUGGACACUGGGCAGGGCAGCAAGGAUCCCUCUGGUACGGAUCCCCUCCUGGACGUCCUGGAUCGCUACUUCCAGGUUCGCUGCACUCUGGACCGAGACAGAGGCUACGGAGCUGCAGCAGCUGGAGUACAGGAGGCGUGGCACGUUUACUUAUCUGGGAGAGGAAUCACACAGGCCUCCUUCACCAAAGGAUGUGAGGAGAAGCUGGCUGUAGCACAGGAGUGGCAGCUCUUCAUUUAUCCAGAUGGCUUAAUGGAGUUUAACUUGGUUUAAGUUCAUCAAAGACUUUAACAGAAGAUGAUGAAGGAAAGAAGCCAAGACUCCUCCGUUGUGAAACUGUUUGAUAAAGCUGAACUUUUACCAAAUCUUGUUGCCUUUUCACUGAUCCAGAAGACUGUAGUCUGCUGCUCACAUGUCAGUUAACAGCACCACAGCAGUUGUAAGUUGUAACAUUUAAGGAGUUUUGAAUGACAUAAACAUUUGUCAAAUACAUGAAUAGACUGAAAAAUAAUUACACUAAGAUAAUCUGGUUGUCUUUAACUGAACAGUGGUUUCUAACAUUUUUUCCCCCUGAACACAAGGCAGAGUCUACUUGUAGCCUCCCUCUAGAUCAGGGGUGUCAAACUCAUUUUAGUUCAGGUUCCACAUUCAGCCCAGUUUGAUCUCAAGUGACCAGUAAAAUCACAGCAUAAUCUAUAAAUAACGACAUCUCCAAAUAUUUCCUUUGUUUUAGUGCAAAAAUGUUCACAUUUAAGGAAUUAUCUUUUUACAAACAACCUGAAAUUUCUGAAGAAAAGUAAAUUAAAUUUCAACAACAUGAUGCUUCAGUUUAUCAUUUACACAUUACAACUUCCAGAUCACAGUGUCUACAAAUGCACAAAACAUUUAGUCACGGCUAUCUGGAACUGAAUGAUGUAGUAUUUUACUUUAUGAUCCAGACGACAAGUCAGACGAAAAAAGACAAAAAAACCCCAACAAAAACAAGACAAAAUAUUACAAAAAGGAGACACAAAACAACAAAAACAAGAAACAAAUUGACAAAAAAUGAGACAAACGAAACAAAAAAGAGAUAAAAAUUAGACAAAAAAGUUACAAAGUGGCAAAAAAAUGGACAAAACUGAGACAAAAAAAUUACAUAAAUAGUACAAAUGAAAAAAAAUGAGAGAAACAAAAAGCGAGAAACAAAAUGACAAAAAAAUAGACAAGCAUAAGCAAGACAAAAAAAAACACCAAACGACAAAAACGAUACACAGAACAACGCACAAAGCAAAACACAAAAUGACAAAAAUAAGACAAAAAACACAAGGGAGACACAAAACGACAAAAGAACAAUGAACAAUCUAGUAUCUUACUUUACAAUCAAAACAACUUGUCAUGGUCGAGUAAUUAUUUUAAAUUUAUACUUUUACCAAUUAACCAUCUGUAGUUAAAGUCUUCUCUGGAAUUUUUACACUUUACAAAGUCAUCCCACGGGCAGAAAUAGACCUUCUGUUGGGCCGCUUUUGGCCCACCGGCCGCAUGUUUGACACCCCUGCUCUAAAGGGACAAAAAAACAAAACUAUGUAUCAAAAUAAACAUUUAGUAUGUCA